AUGUUCGGAAGAUCGAAACCUUCUGCUAAGAACCUAGGCAUCAGCCCAGAACUCGCCGCCGUCCUCCCAGACGAUGGAAUAGCGUGGUAUAAACAACGGCAUCUAAUAGGCCUUAAUUUCUACUGCAUCUUUCUCGUCCUGCUCUGCGCAGCGAACGGCUACGAUGGCUCAAUGAUGAAUGGUCUCUUGACUCUACCUCAAUGGCAGACAUUCAUGGACUCCCCCAAGGGAUCGUGGCUCGGGUUCAUCAACGCCGUCCAGUCACUUUCAACUAUGCUUGCGUACCCUUUGGUAGCAUACUUCGCAAACCGCUGGGGUCGGAAGAAAGGACUGUUUAUCGGAUACGCUUUCCUGUGUAUUGGUUGUUUUCUCCAGGCGUUCUCGCCCAACAAGGCUGGAUUCAUCAUCGGUCGUGUCAUCAUCGGCCAGCCGAGCGCCUGGUGGGGUUGUCUUGCGCCUGUUCUUAUUACGGAGUUGGCGUACCCGACGCACCGGGGAAUCCUGACGGCGCUUUACAAUACUGGGUGGUUCGUUGGAUCAAGCUUGGCGGCGUGGGCGACCUUCGGAACCCGAAAUUACGAUAACAGUUGGUCUUGGCGUAUUCCGUCAUUGCUACAGAUCGCCAUCCCGCUACUCGUACUUCCCGCCGCUAUUCUCGUUCCAGAGUCGCCCCGUUUUCUCGUCUCAAAAGGUCAGGCUGAAGAAGCUCGCAGCAUAUUGACCAAGUUUCAUGGCGGGGGGGACCGAAACUCUAUCCUUGUGGACUUCGAGAUGACCGAGAUCGAGCGAGCCAUCGAAGACGAUGAGAUGGCGGCUAAGAGCUCCUCAUGGUUGGAAAUGUUCAACACACCUGGAAACAGACAUAGAGCCUUCAUCUCCAUGUCGCUGGGCUUACUUGGACAGUGGGCUGGGCAAAACAUCGUGUCGUAUUACCUCGGGGCGGUACUAGACACAAUUGGUAUCACCUCUGUCACGGAUCAAACGCUCAUCAACGGUUGUCUGCAAAUUUGGAACCUCAUCCUGGCCGUAUCAGCUGCUCUCUCGGUCGACCGAGUAGGUCGUCGGCCGUUGUUCCUCGUCAGUUGUGGUGGAAUGUUCGUCAGUUUUGUCGUCAUUACUGGCCUUUCUGGUAGCUUCGAUGCUACUGGGGCACCAUCGGUCGGUGUGGCAGUGGUCCCGGUGUUGUUCAUAUUUUAUGGGUUCUACGACAUUGCCUUUACGCCUCUAAUGGUAUCCUACCCAGCCGAGAUCUGGCCAUACGAACUGCGUGCACGAGGAACAGCUCUGACGCAAAUGACCACAUACUUGGGAAUCUUCUUCAACGUUUUUGUCAAUCCGAUCGCACUCGAAGUCAUUGGAUGGAAGUAUUACAUAGUUUUUGUCGUGAUUCUCUUGAUCGGUUGGAUCACCAUUUAUUUCUUUUACCCAGAAACCCGCGGUCAUACGUUGGAAGAAAUGGCGGUCGUCUUCGACGGUGAGUCGGCAAGGGUUACUGAUGUUGCAUAUGAAGGAGAUGUCAAGAACGGGACGGCAGCUCAACACGAAGAGAAUGCUUAA